GCUGUAUUCUAUCUCUUACAACUGUUUUGUGCAAUUCUUUUAAAUAUCCACUACUGGCCUCUUUACAACAGGUGCCUCCAAUCUCUUUUCUUCCUAAGAUUCAUUUGGAAUACUAAGAAGCUAUCAUGAGCACCACAAAAUAUUGACGCCUGACAUGAACGUUAGAGGGUAAUUGAUUAGGAAGUGGCCAAGGAAAAACAAUAUAUUGAGUGGCAAUUAAAAAACAAACAAACAAACAAACGUCUCAUUCCUUUCUAGGUUAUUUCCCUAUAAGUAAGGUUUCAGUAGAGUUGCUGCUGUCAUGAUUAACCAGUGCCAGUGAUUUCAGUACAGCCACUCCACACUUAAUUGGGGGUUAUGUUCCGAACAUCAAUGAACAUCUGCUGCUCUUUCUCCAUUCGAGAUCAAAAAUACUUCACCAAAAAUAAACACAUCUAAAAUUUUGGGGGCUGGAUCGAGGCUGGAGGCUUUGGAAAAGUAAAAAAGUCUAAUAGGUACCACAAAAUAUGCAGGCCUGACUAGAACAUCCAAGGGUGAUUGAUUAGAAACUGAAGGAGAUUCGCCAAGAGAAUCUCACCCCAUUCUUUAGCCUGUCUUAGUAUAAAUGUCAUUAAAUUAAUGAACGGAUGUUCAGGUGUGAAAUUUUAGGUCAGAUUAAUCAUUGCCACGGUCAAGUGAGGCAUUUCAGCAUUGAUAACAGACAGACCCAAAUUCUUAUGGCAGUUUAUUCUACAUGCCCUUCUGUUGUCCCAUAAUGGGACAGAAGCCACUUUGAAUGAAACAUCACAAACAUGGUGUGUGAUUUGUUUUGUCAUCUGUUUCAUUUUCCUGAUGUAAAGAGAGCUAGUUAUUAUCUCAUCUGUAAUUAUUACUCUCAUAAUUACUAACUGUCUCUUGGAUAAUGUCUCAAUAGAUUUCCAGAGAAUAAAAGUCAAAGUCUAAACAUUAGAAUAUAAAAACCCUUCUUGUGAUUGUAUGCAAGGGAGAGGGCAGAGGAAGGGGAAGGAUUUCUGCUGUUGUCUAUGUUGAGUGGUAGAAUAUGAUCUUGAUCUGUGAAUUGGUAGUGUAGUGCGGUUCCUGUCAAGGCGGAAUAUUGUGCUGAGGGUUCUAUUGAAGCUAAGGUUCAUGUUUCAGAUAGAUGUAAGGGUGUUUGAGGAGAAAGAAUAUUUGCCUCAGCAUGCUAUUCUUUAUUGUGCCCCUUCUCUUUUAUCUGCCACAUUUGGUGUGCAAACGUACCAGGAGUUGCAUCAUCCAUGAUCUGUCCAGAAUUCCACAUGAAUACUACCAACCUGGUGAUCUUAUUGUUGGUGGCCUUGCUUCUCACCUUUUUUCUGCUUUUGACAAAGAAGACUUCAAAGAAAGGCUAACUACCCGUCAACUUCUUAAUACCUUGUAAAGACUUCAUAUGUCAGAUAAUACAGAAACAUUCCUAAGCUCUAGCCAGGAUUACUCAGAAGCAAGUGCCACUGGUUUCAGUGGGAUUUACUUCCAGGCAGAGGUGGUGGUGGUGGGGAACUAUUGCUAAGCUGAAGAAUUACCUAGUUAAGAUGGAAAGCCCUUCUCUGUUCUGAAUAUUGAACUUCACCUCAGGAAGCUUGGGCUGAGAGCUCUUAAGAGGUGGGGUUCCAAGACCCCCAGAUGUUCACAUCCAAGUGAGGCAAGGCUUAUAGGAUACUCCUAGUUAAAAAUAUGUCACAGGUUUGGAAAUUAUGAGAACCACUCCAUUAAGCUAGGCUACCUACUUCUCUGCAUUUUGAUACACAUUUUUAAUUGAAUCAAAUCAGUACCUGUAUAUAAAUGUUUUGUAUAUUUCUGUGCUUUGUGGUUUAAAAAUGCUUUAUAUCCUCUGUUGAAGGUCUCUGUUUAUGUCAGUGUGUGAGUGUCAAAGUUUGAUGCUUUGUGCUCUUAAUGUUGUGCAGACCAGUUCAGUUAUAGCUACUUGGUGAUAGGAAGACAGGAAGGGGAAAGAGAUUCAAUUGCAUUUAAUAUUUAUAGGCAGGGCCUGGAACAGGUACAUUCAUUCUGAUUGGUCUUGGGAACAACAGACAGUGAUUGGCUGAAGGUUCUGAACAGUGAAGAAAUGGCAGUUAGCUGUCAGUUGGGAGAAGUAAUGAGUGAGGUGUGAGGCAAAGACAAGAGAAAGCUGAGGUAAAAGUGGACAAGUGAGACUUAAAUAGUUAGGUAUUUAUCCCCAGUUUGUCAAGAUUUGCUGUAGUGAAGAUCAGAACAAGUGAGCUGUGUGGUGGCAAGGAACUACCAGCAUAUUCUAGCUUUGGUGUUUGCUGUCAAGAAGAUCAAUGAGAACCCCAAGAUCUUACCUAAUGUCACCCUGGGAUUCAACAUCUAUGACAGUUACUUCAGUGAAAGGAUGACUUACAGGGCCGCUCUGAACCUUCCCUCCACACUUGUCCCCAACUACAAGUGCCACACCCAGAAAUAUCUGAUGGCAGCUAUUGGGGGACUGGACUUUGAUACCUCCCUCCAAAUGGCAGACAUUUUGGACAUUUACAAGAUCCCCCAGCUCACUUAUGGCUCCUUUGCUCCAGAGGAUCCUGGUCAAAGCCAAUCCACUUCCUUCUACAGGGUGGUGUCCAAUGAAGCCCAUCAGUACACUGGGAUUGUUGAGUUACUUCUGCACUUUGGUUGGAUGUGGGUUGGAUUGCUUGCUAACGGAGACAGUGGAGAGAGAUUUAUUCAGACGCUGAAACCUCUGCUCUCCCAGAAAGGUAUUUGCUUGGCCUUCUCACAGACAAACCUGAAAACAACACAUUUGGCUGAUUAUUAUGACAUGCAAUUACAGUUCAUCCAAAUUUAUCAAGCUAUUAUGGAAAGUAAAGCCAAGGUGGUGGUUGUCUAUGGAGGAACAAGGUCCAUGCUUGGCUUGCGAACAAUUCUAGCACUAGGUUUAGUGGAAAAUGUGACCAAGACAUCUGUGGGCAAGGUGUGGAUUCUGACAGCACAGCUGGAUUUUGCAGCAUUAACCUAUCAAAUGAGCUGGGAUAUGCAAGUCUUCCAGGGUUCCCUCUCGUUUGCAGUUCAUUCAAAUGUGGUACAAGGAUUCAAAGCCUUUCUUCAGGUCCAUAAUCCUUUUGAGGCAAAUGGAAAUGGCUUUGUCAAGCAGUUCUGGGCACAAGCCUUUCUCUGUUUAUUUCCAAACUCCAAUACAGAGGAGCAGGCCAGUGGAACCUGCACCGGAGAUGAAAAGCUGGAAGAUCUCCCUUCAUCUGGUUUUGAGAUGAGCAUAACUGGCCACAGCUACAGUGUCUAUAAUGCUGUCUAUGCCAUAGCACAUGCUCUACAUGCCUUGUUUUUGUCCAGGACCAAAUACAGGGUAGCAGUGGAAGGAGGGAUGCGGGAGCUUCAGAAAUUCCAGCCUUGGCAGGUUUCACCACUUUCGCUAUGUAACCCAAGUUGCCCUCCUGGUUCCAGGAAGGAAAAGAAGGAGGGGGAGCCAUUCUGCUGCUAUGAUUGUGUUCCGUGUCCUCAAGGCAAGAUUUCGUCCCAUAAGGUGGUGGUCCUAUUCAUCUUCAUUAAACAUCGGGACACACCCAUUGUCAGAGCAAACAAUCGGGACCUCACCUACACUCUCCUCACUUCCCUCCUGCUCUGCUUCCUCUGCCCAUUGAUCUUCCUCAUCCCUCCAGAAAGAGUGAGCUGCCUGCUCCGACAAAUGGCUUUUGGCCUUGUUUUCACAGUAACCGUUUCUUGUGUGCUGGCCAAGACUAUCAUGGUGGUUCUGGCCUUUGUGGCCACCAAACCAGGAUCCAGAAUGAGGAAAUGGGUGGGGAAAAGACUUGGAAGUGCCAUUGUGAUUUCUUGUUCCCUUAUCCAAGUGGGCAUUUGUAGUGUGUGGUUAGGAAUCUUUCCCCCAUUCCCUGAUUCUGACAUGGACUCUGUGAUGAGAGAAAUCAUUCUAGGCUGCAACGAAGGGUCAGUUGCCCUGUUUUACUGUGUCCUGGGCUACAUGGGCUUUUUGGCCAUUAUCAGCUUUGUUGUGGCCUUUUUUGCCAGGAAAUUGCCUGAGAGCUUCAAUGAGGCCAAAUUCAUCACCUUCAGCAUGUUGUUGUUUUGUAGUGUUUGGAUCUCCUUUGUUCCGGUCUACCUGAGCACCAAGGGGAAAUACAUGGUGGCUGUGGAGAUCUUCUCCAUCUUAGCCUCCAGUGCUGGGAUACUGGGCUCCAUCUUUGCUCCCAAAUGCUACACCAUUGUGUUGAGGCCGGAUCUGAACAGCAAGGAGCAGUUAAUAAAGAGGAAAUAAUAAAUUAUCCCAUCAUCUUUGUGGGGUUUUUCCUACCAAAAUAUGAGCAAUGUAAUCUCUCUUUAUCCACCCCAUUCAGUUAUGUUGUGCCAGGCAUAGCUCACUUUGAGAUCGAAGUGGUAAUCAGGCCUCUUGCUCUCCUUCACUUUACCUGAGAAGCACAUUUUAGGUCUGAGCUGGUUUCCUCAUACUCAGACCACCUGGUUCUUAGAAGCCUCCCUUGCAUUCCUAUACCAAGAAUUUGGAACUUUCAGCAUUGUAAAUAAGCCUUGUUUUGCUGCCUGUGUUUUCUGACUGUUGUGUGGGAAAGCACAUGAACUUUGCCUUUGAAGAGUUUAUAAGUAUUACCAGUUCUUGACCUAACAAAUGUGUGGUCAUAUUCUAUGCUAAAGGAAGAGGGAGGUCAUAUUUUAAAGGUCUAGCAAACUAUAUUUCCCCACUUCAAUUUGCUGCAUAUUUUGUGAUUUAAAAUCUCGGGUGGAAAUCUCUCACCAAAGAGUUUGUGCCCCAAACCUGGAUCUUGGCAUCCAGAGCAUUCUCCUUUGUUGAUACCUAUUUUUCCUUCCUACCAACACAAACCACGUACAAAACUCAGCCCUUUUCACCAUUCUUUUGUCUUGGCAUAAUUGUCAGGAAACUAAUGAACUGGUGUUCAGGUGGGAAAUUUUGGGAGGUCAGAUUAAUCAUUUGCACCGGUCAGCAUUAAUAAGAGACUGGCUAACUGUUCUUCUCUUCCUCAUUGCUAUUAAUUCUGCAUCCCCUUUUGUUGUCCCAUAAACAGACAGAAACCACUUUGGAUUAAAAAUCAGAAGCAGGGUUUUUUUUUUGCUCAUUUUCUGAGAGCUUGUUAUUACCUCACCUGUAAUUAUCACUCUCAGCAUGUCUAAGUCUCCCUUGGAUAAUGUCUCAGUAGAUUUCCAGGGAAUACUAACCAAUGUCAAAACAUGGGUAUUAUAACCUCUUCCUGCCAUUCUUUACAAGGGAGAGGACAGAGGAAGAGGAAGGAUUUUCACUUUUCUUUCAAUCAACUUGUAAAAUAGGAUUUUAAUUUGUGAAUUGUUAGAGAAGUGCUGUUCACGACAAGGCAGAAUAUUGUACUGAGUGGUUGUUAAGCAAGGUUCAUGUGCUGGAUGGAAAUAAGGGUGUUUGAUUAGAAAGAAUAUUUGCUUCAGUAUGCUGCUGUUUAUUGUGCCCCUUCUCUUUCAUCUGCCACAUUUGGUGUUCAAUCAUACCUCGAGUUGCACCGUCCAUGAUCUGUCCAGAAUUCCACAUGAAUACCACCUACCUGGUGAUCU